AUCAAAUUGAAUGUGACCCGCCAUUGAAAUGUUGCAAUGAACGGAACUAGGCAUGCCUCAGAAAUAUGAAAGAUGUUUAGAUCUUAGAAAAUACACUAGAUUGCCAAGCUAACUUGAUCAGUAGAAUACUGAACAAUGGCCCUCUCGUCAAAUGGAUUAGUGUGUAAUCAUAUUUACUUAAGAACUUAGAGGCGAUGUAUAAAAUGGGGAACUUUGAGCUGUUUGUUUUCAUUCUGCUAUCUAUUGACAAGUCAUGCCCUACUCCUACUUUGAAGGAGCACGUCAAACUUAAUGAAAACUACCAGGUCAUGACCAGCCUCGCCUGUCCUGGGACCCUUGUGGCCGGUAAAGAUCGAAUCGUCGUAACUGGGACGAUAUUUCAUACUGUCCGUCAAUUCGCAUCGUUUUAUUUAUACGAAUUUCGUGUGUACACCGUUAAUGACAGUUUUUAUACUUGCGUGCCAAAACGUAAAAUAAGCCACUGCGAUAGAAAUAGUGUUGGAGAUUGCUACUGCUUCGCCUAUAUAGAUGACUAUAAGCAUGUUAUUUUCAACAAGACUGUCAACAUGGACAUGAAUGGAGGCUAUGUUGUUCUGAGGUUGUUCAUGAUGUAUAAAAUCAACGAGCUAGUAAGCAAUCGCGUAAAUAUCAGGGAAAAGAUUGUCGAGUCGCCACCAGAUAUCUGCAGGCCUCGAAGAUCCAGAAAUAAAGGCCAUCGAGACGACGGAUCAAGUCAACUACUGUAUUCAAUCCUAAGCUGUAUCAUAUCCAUCACGUUAAUCAAAUGAGUUCAAGGAUCUUACCUGAACAAUGAAUGUAACAGAAACAAACAUCUACACCUAACGUCAAUUAGGUCCUUUGUACAACAUUACUAGUUGCUCGGGUUCAGCGUCCCGAAAGACAAUAAACAGAUGGGAAGAUUCUGGUACACUGAUGAACACAGCAGACAUAAUAUAAAGAUGAACUAUAUAAAACAUGUUGGAAUAUUUCUACGUACAAUGUUAAGGAAUGAUGACGCUGAAAUAAAGAACAAUAUUUUGUUAACGUCUGACGUCUGCUUCUAUUCUAAUAUAACAAUUUUCUGAUAGAGGCUAAUGAAAUGAUUCUAGCCCUAUAUAUUAAAGAAAAAAAAACAACAACUCGUAACUUUUAAAAGAAAUAUUGGCUACAAUCAUAUAUUCUGUACUUUCUGACUUGCUGCCGACCAAAGUGUACGUGUUUUUUAAACUAAAUAAAGAAACAAAUGCAAA